AUGCAUCUUUUGCAAUUAGUCUUUGGCAAGCCCACAACCUCACAUACAGUAAGUUCCCUGGAAGGGUUCACCACAAACCCAGUUCAGGACGCAUUGUCGGACAUCAUAGAAAACCUCAAUGAGGCUGACUUCAAGAAGUUCAAGCACCUUUUGAAGGGUGAAAUUCCAUGGUCAAAGCUCGAGAAAGCUGAUGCCAUAGACUUAAUAGUGCAAACAUUUACUGAGAAAUUUUCUGGGAAGGUUGUGGUUAACAUCUUAAAGAAGAUGAAUCUCAAUCAGAUGGCCAGCGACCUGCAGGAGUGUCCUUUCCAGUUUGUUUGGUGAGAUGAAGAUGAAGGUGCCCCCCCCCCCCAAAUCUACCACACAGCUUUGAUCAUUG